AUGGUAGAUCUACAUCCUCACCAAUUUUCCCCGUCCAAUUCCAUCAAUUUCUGCCAGAAUCGACGAUUUUCUGAUCCAAUUUCCGCCCAGUUCAUCGAGCUGUUCGUCCAGUUCGUGCCCGACCGGCACUGCCGGUCCUUCCCAGCGGCACUGCCGUGCUCCCGGCACUGCCGGUUCGUCGUCAGCGGCACUGCCGCCCGCCUCUAUCUUCCUCCUCACGCGCAGCACUACAACGCCAUCAAGCCGCUCGCGCCGCCCAUCACCACCUUCGCAUCACCUGCGCCCAACGCCACCAGGCCACAAUCGUGCAAGCAGCUCGGUCGCUGCCCCCGCCCCCACUCGCCCCCGCCUCGAUCCGCCCCGCGCUCGAUUCCAUUGACCACCACCAGCCGCCGCCGCCCCGGCUCCCCCGGCCGCACGCCUUCGCCCGUGCCACGCCCAAGCCACCGCGCGCCGCCUCCACCAGGCCCAGCCAGCCGCCGCCCGCACCAGGCCCAGCCAGGCCGCCGCCAGCAGCCCACGCACCCACAGGCUCCCGCGCAGCAGCUCCCCCGACCACCUCCGCUCGCCCGCGCUGCAGACCCGGCCCGCGCAGCAGCUCUUCCGCUCGACCAGCAACAGCCCGCCCGCCCCUUGCUGUUUCGCUCCACGCGCGGCCAAGCCAAGCAGCCCCAGGCCACAGCCGCGCGCACGCCACCAGCUCCACCUCGCGCAGCUGCCCAGUACCAACCGUUUGUGUCGUUUUUGUGCUGUUCUUCGUCCACGAAGAGGAACCCGCGCUCCGGCCGCCGGCCAGCCCGCACCGCCCCUGGCCCCGCUCCAUCUCCAGCACCUACGCCCGCGCGCCCGCCCACCCGCCGGCCUCGCUCAUCAUCUGGAUCCGCUGCCGCACGCGCGCAAGGUCGUGCCCAAGCUCCCCGCCCUGACUCGCUCGCCACCAGCAGGCACAACCACGCGCUCAGACCUUGCGCUGCUCACCCCAGGUUAACGCCCAGCGCGUACCUGCCGCACCCAGCGCCCGACCGCCACCAUCCUGCUUGA